AUGACUACCACCACAACCCCCGCCAAUCCUCUUCUUUCGAACCAGAAGGGUUCAGAGCUUCAGGCGGUCCUUCACCCUCUUGUCCUUCUUACCAUCUCCGACUAUAUCACACGGCACACUCUUCGACAGCAGGAAGGUCCUAUCGUUGGUGUCUUGUUGGGUCAGCAAAAUGGCCGCGAAAUCACAAUCGAGCAUGCUUUCGAAGCUCACACUCGCCAAGAGCCCAGUGCACAAGGCGGUUACUUUCUUGAUGGCGACCGGUUCAGUACACGCUUGGAACAGAUGAUCAACGUCCACAAAGAUAGACAACUCGACCUCGUCGGAUGGUACACCCUCCUACCAUCUUCAGGCCCUACCCCGACUAUCCUCCCCAUCCAUAAUCAAAUUCUCCAAGGCUGGAACGAGUCAGCCGUACUACUUGGCUUCCAUCCGGAGCAGGUCCUUGAUCACUCUGUCGGCGGCAGGCUCCCCCUCACCAUCUACGAAAGCAAUUACGAGGUCGACGAUUCCAAAGCUGACAACGAUGGUGAGGAUAAGAAGAUGGACGAUGGAGAGCCUACACUCAAACUCAAGUUCAAAGAGCUACCCUACUCUGUCGAAACCGACGAGACCGAGAUGAUUAGCAUGAACUAUGUUGCUGCUUCAGGAGGUAACGCCGCUGUCGCAGCCCCCAAGGAAGACAAGCCCUCUCUAUCUAUCGAGUCAAAUGGCAAAGGAAAGCGCCGGCUUGUUGAGAGCCAUGAUGGAGAGUACAAGGACGUUGUUCAAGAGGAUGAAGUUGCACUUACACCAGAGGAGGACGAAAUGAUUGCCGCUCUGACCGCAAAGGCGAAUGCCAUCAAGAUGCUCCAGUCCCGAAUUCACCUGCUCACCACGUAUCUUGAGCGCCUCCCCCCUUCUUUCGUCAACGACGAUGCGGCUGAUCCUGGCAGUAUGGAUACUGAUUACACCACACCUUCAUCAACCGUUCUCCGUCAGAUCCAGGCUCUUGUAAGCCGCCUGGAUCUUGUCAUUCCUUCCGACAAAGCCUCCUUCGAGCGCGAAAUGCUUCACGAGACGAAUGAUGUGAAUCUAGUGAGACUACUCAACGGCAUUGUGCAGAACCUCGGUCAAGCCCGUGACGUGGGUAAGAAGUUCCACGUCGUUGAGACUGCAAAGGCUGGCCAUCGCCGGGGUGCUGGUCCUGGCCCUGGUCCUGGCCCCGGCCAGGAGUUUGCUGACCCGUCAUAUAAUAUUCGUGGGGCUGGUGACAUUCUACUUUAA